AAUAUAACUAUUAAAGAACUGAUUUUUGGAAAAAAUGCAACAACAUAUGGAUUAUUGUAUAGGCUUUAUUAUCGUUUGGAAUCAUCAAAUAGCUUGAAUCUUAUUAUUUGUGCCAAUCAGGUAUACGCAUCAUUUGAAAAUUCAUAUAGUGAAUAUCAUAAAAAAUUUAUGAUAGAUCUCAAAACAGGGAAAAAUUUUUCAAAAAUGUAUAAUUCCUGGAGUAAAGAUACAACGAAUUUUAUAUUAAAAACCAAUCUAGAUACAGAAAUGUGUCUUUUUCAACUUGAGUUGAAAAAUAAAUCAAUGCUUAGUAAAAUGAACAAUUUGUCAAAUUGCGAGAAGAAACUGAUAUCUAAAAUUAGUAUGAAAACGAAAAAGAUAUUUAGUGUUUUGAUAAAUUUUAAUAAAAAAAUAUAUAAUGUUAAGUUUUUAGAAAUAAUGAAUUAUAAAAAAAAAAGGAAAAAGAAAAGUAGUAUGAAAAAAAUUGUUGAUGAAUUAAUUGACCUGAGUGUUAGAGUUAGUGAAUACAAUAAAAAAAAUCGUGGUAACAUAACCAAACAAUCUUGGGACAAUUGGUUGGAAAUGUUUAUUAAAGGACGACCAUUAUUAGUAUCAUUAGAUGAUGAAAUGGGACUUUUAUUAGAUACUAAUUAUGUAGAAAAUAAUAAACCCAACGCUUAUAUUGAGUUAAAAACUCAUCAAAUUCUUAAUCACGCAGAUUUGUGCCAUUAUUUGAAUGGUACUAGUUUUUGGUCAAACGAAACGCUUGGUAUAAAUAUCAAACGUUCCACUGGAGAAAAUCGAAUUUUGAGCUUGCUAGUUUUUGAUGUCCUCAGUUCGCUUUAUAGUUUACCACCACCAAUUGUUGGUACAGAAUUCUCAGUAUACGGAUCCAUUAUGGGUAUUAUACAAUGUGAUUUAGAAGAAAGCAUGCAAAUAAUACUUUUCGAAAAAUUAAUUAAACGAAGUAUACUUCCUGUAACACCAGAAUUAGCUCUUCGUUAUUGCAUGAAUGCCUUUUUUCGAGAAAUUGAUAGUAAUGAAUUGUUAAUGUUAUUAGAAUUUAAUAACGACGAAGAAAUAUGCUUUGAAAAUUUGCAAGUAAAACAUCAUAACUUAAAAUCAAAGCAAACUCAAACUGCAAAAAUAGAAUAUGAUCAAUUUGUAGGAAAAGCAUGCGCUGAAUGUGGAAUAAAUGCUUUUCUCAGCAUAUAUAAAGGAAAAUUAUUACAAAAGCAUCAUUUAGUUGAUUGUAUAUUAUGUUUCAUUAAAGAAAAAUGUUUAACAUUUGGUGCUGUUUUAGUUGGAUAUCCUCAUACAGCUGAUGAAAUAAUGUUAAUAGAAGAAAGAUUAGCAAAUAAAAUUUCGCCUCCUGUUGGUUUGUUAGAAUACAUGAAAAAAUUAAAUUUAACUGUAACAGUACAAUUCAAAGAUUCGGAAUUAGGAGAUAGUGGAUGUUAUCGGUCAUCACUAACUAAAAUAAUAAGAAUAUUAGCUUCAGAUAAUUUGCAAGAUGUCCAAUGGAAUUCUAUAGAUCAAUAUUACAAGGCACAAGGAAUACUCACUAUAUUAAAAGCAUCUGAGAAAAAUAUGCUAAUUAAUGAUGCAGAUUUAGAAUUUUUUUGUGAUGUUAUUACAAAUGAAACUGUAAAAUGGAAUAAGUCAUUAAGAUGGAUAAAUGUCACACAAUCGACAAUGUUAGAGAAUAGCAACUUCGACUAUAAAUCUCAAUUAUCAAAUUCAUUUAUUCAAAAUAAAUCAACACAUAAAACUUUUAAAAGAGGACGAUUACGAGGGAAAUCAGAAUUUGACUUUGUUGAACACAUAACUACAAUGAAUGCUAAAAUGUUUUCAAACAUUCUUUUAUAUUCACCAUCAUCUCAAAUGACUAACAUCAGUCAAGUGACAACAAAUUUAUUCUAUAACCAGAUACGUAGGGAAGAUGGGAUAACAAUGGGACGUGUCUGGAUGUCAUUAGAAAACUUAUUCGUAGAAUCCAUGGAGAGUUGUUUUUUUAAUAAAAGAAUAUUACUAUCAGAACAAGUACCAUAUAUAAUAACGAUAAAAAACAUUUUAAAUGGAAUGCUAAGAAGACAAGAUAUCAAUAAAAUAGAAUUAGUGAAACAAUUGCAAACUAAUUUAUCUAAAGUACCAUUAAACAAUGAUAUUUUGCCAUUAAAUAUUACAAAAACACUUUUGUCUGCUGUAUCGGAUGUCAGGGUACUUUUAAUUCAAAAAACGAAUUUAAAAAUUGAAAAGUGUAAAAAAUUUAUUGAAAAAGAAAUUAUUGAAACUUGGUUAGACAAGCAGAUGCAUUCUUUAUUUGCAGUAUACAUGUGUAUGUUACAAUCAGAAUUAGAUCGUGCUGUAAACACGUUGAUAUUUAUAAACACGUAUAUGUCAAAAAUGUUUAAACAAAAAUUAAUAUUGGCCUCAAUGCCAAAAGUUAUUGAUAUAUUGUUAUUGGGAGAUCAUAGUCGAGCUAGAAUUAAUAUUUCAAGUAGAGGUGAAGUUCUAGGAGCGAAAUUUGAAGUGAUUCUACGUGCAGCAACGACUAAAAUAAUGAAUAUGUACUCAACUAUAUCCUCUUGGUUGGACGAAACCAAAAAAAUUAUGAAUUUUGAUUCGUUGGAGACUAGUCCAAUGUAUUUGACACUAUGGAAGUUUGUAGUGCAAAUGGAAAAAUGGAAAACAUCUAAUCAAUUAAAACGUAUAAUGGCUAGAUGCCGAAUAAUAUUAUCAGAUAUGAAAAAUAGUACAAUUCAGCAUAUAUUUGACAUGAACAAGCAAAUAGAAAAUCGCUUACAACAUGAGCUCGCUGAAAUAAAAAAUAUUUGUAACUUGUUUGAAACGACAAUAAUUGAAGGACGAAUUGUUAGACAUGAUAUAUUUAUGAUCAAUGAUUGUUUUUAUCUUAAUAUAGAAAAUGCAUUAUAUCCAAAUAUUACUCCUCCAUACCCUUUUCCACUUUUAGAGCAAAAUAAUUUCAUAAUAACGACAGAAAGAAUCGAAAUUCUAAUAAUGGAGCUUUCCCAAUUUUGUCCCGAAAAAUAUAUUUCUAUAAAAACGCUAUCUUUCUGGUGGAAUUAUAAGGCAAAUGAUAUUCCACGAAAUAUGUUUGGUUACUCAGUAAAUUUUAUAGAUUGGACGGAUUUUGUAUUGAAUUUAAUGGAGUUGCCAAACUCAAAUAUUGAUGAUUUGUUAAACUUGAAUUCUAAAUAUUCUGAAUUAGAAGAAAAAUACAAAAAUGAUAAUAAUUAUAUUCCUGGUAUGAUUAAAAAGGAUGACGUUGAUUCAAUUCCAUUAUGGUUUGAGAAUAUAUUGCCAAUAACUCCAUCAGUUUUCCUUCGAUACUUAAAAAUCAAAAAGUUGUUACUUGUCGCUUUUACGAUAGAAAAUAAAAUUGACUAUAAAGCUAUGCUUUUGGCUUUAUGUAAAGAUGAUUGUUCUAUUAGUGGAUUAACUAAAGCACUCAGUGUUUUAAUGAAUAAGAAUUUAUUAUCAUAUAAUGACUCUCAAUGUUCAGAAAAUAAUGAUAAAUUACCUAUGGAAACUUUGAUGAACAUACUUAUUUUGUGCUUAGGAAAUUACACGAUUCCAGGCAAUACAGAUUUAGAAGAAUUAGUAAACUCUUUAAAAAAGUCAACAAAUAAUAUUCGCACUACAUUAAAAAUUCUCAGAAGUAAUGAGUUAAAGGUGUUAACUGAAAUAGGAUUUAGGUUUAAACGAACAUAUUUUUAA